UAUAUGCAUGAAAGUAUAUUCAAUAAAUAAAUAUAUUGAAUAAUUUAUUUAACAAGUUAAAUCAAACGCUAUUGAGUUUAAUAAGUUAAACUCAAAAUAAACUCAUUUACAUCCCCUACGCAUAUCAAAGCGUCUUAAUCCCGCAAUUUAGUUUGAUAAGUUGCCUUCCUUGCACGGCAUUGAAGCGUGAGGACUUAUGGGAAAACAAAGCUUCCAAAUUCGACACAGCUCUGAAACACAAAUUUCAAACCUGAUGAUGAUCACAAUGAAUCAAUAGCUACCGUGUGCCAAAAAACUGGUAGACCAGCAAUAUUAAGUCCAGGAGGAGGAGGGAGAAAGAGAGAGGGAAUGAAAGUUUUCCUCUUUUCAUUCUUCCAUCAGCUUCAACAUGAGAGCCGUUGGUCUUUCUCUCCACCACCCUCUCCCUCAUCUCUCCAACAAGUUGGCCAACUCAAGACAAAAGCUCUACCGCUGCUUGACCACGGCUGCCACGGAGGAUUCCGAUGAUCAAUGGUGUAGAACAGGGAGAAUGGUGGAUAAGAGCAUGCCUGUACUGAGGAAACGAAUGAAGGAAAUCAGAGCUUUGGAUAGAGGAACUGGACAGUAUGCAAAUGGGCUGGUUGAGUUGGAAGAAGGAUAUUGUCACACAUUCAUCAGCUCAGAGAUGCUCGAAUUGCUCGGAAUUCUGAAGCUCCAAUCUUAUUUAUCAGAGGAAGAACGCUCGCCUAAGCUGCUGAUUGGGUUCUCCGUGAUGCUUACUGUGAACUUACCGAUUCCAAUGCUUGUUGCUGUUCUUCAUCUAAAAGAUGCUGCAAAAGGGAUAAUUGACGUUAUGCGUCUUAAUAGAUAUAAUGAUUGUUGAAGAUUUUUUAAGUUUAGGGUUAAGCUUGUAAAUUUUUUAUUUACGAUAUUAUGCAAUAUAAUUAUCACUGUGAAGGAAGAAGCUUCGUUGUUCUUCCAUAGCAGAUAAACUUCCCUAAGUUGAUUUUUAUGUUUUAAAGACAAUCAAGCAAGAAGGUUAGAUUGUUAGCGUUGUCAUUACAAGUACUAUCUGUUGAAUUUCAGCUGCUGUAAUGCAAUACAAUAUAUCACAGAGUAAGAGCAGAAACAGAGUUAGAGCAAAUAAAAAAGUUGAAUUGUAUUUCUCAUCUCAACUUUACAAGGUACAGCGCCACAUUUAUAUAUGUAAAAGAAUUUGGAAUACAGGUGACUUAGUUAUGCGUCAAGGGUUGUGAUUACAAUGUUCAGAACAUAAACGACGAUGAUGAAAAGAGUUCUGAAAAGCCAAAUUUGCAGUAUAGUUGAUAUAUCAUCACAAUUUUAUCAUGAUCGGGCACGAUCUCAAAGAAAAAUCAAGUCAGAAAUUUUCAAAAUUAAAUCUAGGACCAUCUGAACUCCUAUUUCUGCAAACAUACAAUUGAACCAAAAGUUUCAAAAAUACAAACCCGACGACACCAAGAUCGACUCAAUCCGAGCCCAAAUAAGUCCAAUUUGAAGACCCGAAGCGUAUUUGAAAAGUUCAAACCAUGAAUUGGAUGACCAAACAAUUUCCAAAUGUGACAUGCUUAUAGUCGAAUCGAGCGGCUCGACGAGAUAAAUCUAAUGAGCCCAAGAUUAUCAAAUUCUAAUAUCAUUAAGACUUUCAAAUGCUCAAUAAAUGGUCAAUUCAAACUACUCCCAACUUACCCUUGAUCUCCCUCCUAUUUACUGGUCAUGUCACUCUCAAAAAAUUAUAAAUAGACCCAUUAUUACUCAUAGAUGGAAAGGAAAAGCAAGGAAGAGAAGAAAGAGAAAGAAACUAUAGUUUUCUUGCCACCAUACUCCUCGACCACCAUCGGAUUUCAGCCCUACCACCGACUGACGCCGGACUUCCACCCGUUGCCAACUGACAUCUAAUUUCUCGUAAAAAAUCUUAUGUUCUCUGUUUGUGUGCUAGAUAUUUGUACAACGCUAAGGCGUAAAAAUUAAACUCUAUCACAUAUAUUCUAGUCUGCAACAAUUUGACGUUGUUUGUGUGAAAAUUAAUCAUACAAUCAUAAGUACAGUUUAAAUGGCCAACAUGCAUAGUAAUCG